AUCGGAUGAAGUGUGCUGUAUGAAUCGCGGCGAGCCUACGCGUGAAGUGCGCAGCAAUGUGAAUAAGUCGCGAUUUACACACGCCAAAUUCCGGUUCCAUGGAAACGGAGCUGCCACAGGCACCAAUCGGCACCGAAUGAAUUUUUUCGUAACGCUGACUUACGAAGCGCGUAGGAUAGGACGGGGACGGGGGCGCGAAGGCAGGAACAAUUCAGCAUCGGGCAGCAGGAAUCACAGUGAAGAAUUCUUGGAUGCGGCACGAACCAUCAGGUGCUCCUGGCCAGCGUUUGCAUCCUUUACCGGCGAAUCGCCGGGAUUAUUGUCAUCGUCGACACGACAACGGUCUCUUGAAGCCGAAGGUGAUUUGCUUGUUUCGAGACAGGAUCGAGCGUCGGUUGCGGCGAGACGCGUUCGAAACGUUCCCGAAACCUUCGAACUGGACGAGCUCUUCUUGGCGGACGUUGGUUGCCACCGUAACCACGAGACAAGGACGACGACGAGGAAGAUGUACGAGGACUGCGUGCUGCAAUCGAUGCGAUUCCCGCAGAAGCUCUGGAGGAUCGUGAACGAGUGCAAGAGCGGGGCGAUCCGGUGGGGCGCGAACGGCGACACGAUACUGCUCGAUUACAAGAGAUUCCAGACGGAGUAUUUGGACGCGCGACGGCCCAUCUUCAAGACCACCAACAUCACGAGCUUCAUCAGGCAGCUGAAUCUCUACGGCUUCCGCAAAGUGACGUACGCCCAAAGCCGCGACCCGAUCUGCAACAGCCACAAUCCGCACGUCCACGAGUUCCUGCACGACAGCUUCCGCGCCGAUCGCGCGGACCUGCUGUCCAGGGUCUGCCGGAAGGCCAGCGGCGGCAAGGGCAAGUGCUUUCAACACGACGCUGCCAAAAGUGCAGAGGACGGCCCGGGAAUGGAGGCCAACUGCGUCUCCCGCCUGAAGAUGUGCCAGUUGGCUUUAACUAAAACUUUGGAGCAGAUUACUCAGGAAUAUCGACGGAAACAGGAAGAAAAAUUGACAGUAGUGAAGAAUUAUAAUCUAGACUCCCAGGAUAAAGUUGCAGAUUUGCAGGACGCCGAAUUCGAGAGGGUUUCAAAUUGGAGUUCUACUAUAGAGAAGAGCGCGAAACAUUCAACACUUCCUUCUUCAACCGAUGCAUUGUUCGAACGUAAAAUGGUCUCAACUUGGCGUGUUGCUGCGAUGGAUAAAUAAGGCCUAUAGU